GUUCAACCCAUUAAAGCAGUUCAAUGCCACACAAGAUGAAGUAAUGCUUAGAAUAGAUCACAUGGAACUUUACACGCUAUCAGUUUCCCCGGGAGUCAAGAUCCCCGUGGAUUAUCUGUGUUAUCGACAAUAAAAAGCAAGGUGAAUGUACCGUGAGACAUCGGCUUUUUCACAAGGUGUGGGUAAGGUGCUGCUUAGGAAGCACAGAGGCCUACCUCCCUCGUUGGUGUAACAUAAUGCAACGUAUUCUUUGUCUAUUUUCAUACGGUGGUGAUGAAUCAGUAGGCUUUCCCUCUGGUGACUGAAGUGGUUGUUCCUGUGUAAUGUGACCUCCUCUUACACCGGGCCUGCCACAAGAUUAGACUGUGGUGGGAUCAGCACAGAGACGGUUCAGCUGGAAGAAGAGCUUUGAUUCACCACUAACUACUAUACAACCUAGGGUAAUCACUGCAGUUAGGCAACCCACCUGUUGAGGCCAGACAGAAGUGGUCCCGGGCCAGGUGUGGGGUCAUCCGCGUGAUGUUGUACAGAGUUUUUCUCAGAUUAAAAAUAAUAUCACUUUUAGUAUAGUCUGAGUUCUAUCAAAUUCAGUCUAGAGGAUGGAUAUCGUAUCUGUAGUAUAUAUCAAUGUCUGCAUUUUCAUUGCUGCUUCAGGGAUAGGAUACAGUAAUGCUCAAAGAAACUGGUGUCCCCAAACCGUGACAAGAUUAGCUCCAUGUACAAAAAUGUUUCGUAUUCCAGUUUAUAAUAGAUGUCUGUACGGCACAAAUUGGUGUAGACCUACAUCGUAUAGACUGAUAUAUCGCAUGACGUAUCAAGUAAAGGCACAUACAAAGUGGAGAUGUUGUCCUGGCUUCAGAGGCAGAGAUUGUGGAGAAGUGUGCUUUUCCUGCUCGGUCGUUGAUGAUAUUAAGGACAGGAUUUCCAGAAUGGAAUCUAAAGUUUUGAAUGGAACUGGUACACCAUAUAACCAAUCCUGCAACUGUCCACCUGGACCAAGGGGUCAUCAUGGACCUGAAGGAAAACAAGGACCCAGGGGUCAACCUGGUAUCAAAGGGGAAAAAGGAAUGAAGGGAGAACCUGGAAUACCUCCUCGUGCUGUUUUAUCUCCUGCGCCAAAACCUAGUGUUUUCCCCGAUUUAACACAAUACUCAGACUUGAGUGGAAGAUCAAAUCCCCCGCAAUUUCCCAUCGGACCCCCAGGGGUUCCAGGAAUACGGGGACUUAAAGGUGAUCGCGGAGAACCAGGGAUACAAGGACCAAGAGGAGAUAGAGGAAAACAAGGGGAAUCUGGUUUGAAAGGGGAAAAGGGGGAUAGGGGCGCUCAGGGUAUGAAAGGUGAACGUGGUUUACCUGGACCAACAGGAGCACCAGGUAAAACGGAAGAAACAUCAGACAGAAGAGGUCUCAUGGAACUUCAGCGCUCAAUGCAAAGAAUUUCCGAAGAAUUUUCAAGAUUUCGUACAGAAAUAGCAGACGAACUGACUCAGCUCAAACUGCGAAUGAAUCUCGUUGAAACUAUCUUACUCCAAAUUCCAGAGGUCAGAGAUUCAUUAAAACAGAAAUCCAUGACACCAAUGGUUGUUCCCGCGCCUACCUUCAUACCGCAGACGACCUCCAGUCCUUUGUCGCAAAAUACAGAUGAAAAGCCGAGGAUACCCGAAGGACAGAUCAGCUUUUGAACUUAUUGACUUAGGUCUUAGACUCCAGAUCCUGAUGUUGAAAGAAUUAAAAAUAGCUUAAGUUCAACUUAAACAUUAAUACCAUUUUUAAUCACUUUCAUAGUUCCAGCCAUUUUUCAUAUUCGUGAUAAAGAGAAGUGAAAUGUAAAAAGCAUAUUAAAGACAUAAUGCUGCAAAAUACUCCGCAAAACGGAUUGUUGAUUACUACUUCGAUGCUUUUCCUUAUCAUUCAUUCAAAAUACUAGAUCAAGAUAAUUUUUAUUAUCAUUUCUCGACAUUAUACAUCUCGCCUGAUAUCGAAAUAUUUUUACAAUAUACUGUAUAAAUCUUAAAUGCAUUAAGCAUAUUUAACAAUAAAAAGACUUGCUUCAUUUUGAUAAAAUAUGACCCUUAUACAAAUUAUAGUAUGUAAUAUAUCUCUUUAGCAACGACAUCGGCGAUACAUGUACGACUUCGCAAA